AUGGCAAAUAGAGUGCAUUUACGAUUUCAAGAUGGUCAUACUACAAAUGGGUCCGAUUACUGGCUCGCGUACAGCGUGAAAGACUUAGAUAGAACUGUAGAAUUCAUCGAGGUAGUACCGAGAGAAAGACCAGAUUUGGGUUAUUCGGGGGUCGCAGGGGGUGGCUCCCCCUUGUUGACUGCCCCUUGGCGGCCCCCCGGUGAACCAACUGAUGGUUCACCUGGAUGGAAAGAAGCGGCGUCGGCUCAAGCAAAGACGACAGCUGAACCAAAUAUCAAAUUUCAAAACACUGUCGGCGUUACCCAGAGUCACUCUACUACCGCACCCUGGAGACCUUCAUCACGCACAUGCGUAUCUCGGAUCGACAACGACAGCCGAUCGAAAAUCUUGGAUUGUUUUUCCCGAAAGCUUUGGGCUCCUCCAUCUUCUACAUUGGGAUUCUCUCUCGCCUCGGGUCUAUGUCUCGGAAAAAUUUUAAUGUAACUUUCGGUAUCAUCCCAUUCUUCUUUUUUUGAUAAGUACUACUGUGGGAAUAUGGCAACGGCUCAGUUGUUUGUAGCAGGGAUG